AAUCGAGUCGAGGUGCGAGCAGGUGAGCUUCUACAUCGAGGCACCGUACGGCUGGCCCGCAGAAGAUCUAUCCCGGCCUCGCACCUGCCGUCUUGCCUCGCAAGGCACGAACAGAAGACCCUGCCUCGCAGGCGCACAGGUUUCGCAUUUGCUUUACCUCGAAGUAUGAUGACAAGCCAACGAGCACCCGUCUCGACCGAGCAGUGGCCCUGGCCUGCACCGAAAUUUACAUUCGAGACCCUCAAUGGCUUCUUUCUGUACGACGAGGAGGUGCAACCGCCUCAGCUGCCGCCGCUGGCCGAGAACUUUGGCCUUCGCCAGGACAAGACGUGGAAGCAACUCGUAGACACGCUCACGGAGCUCAACGCAUUUGCCAAAAAUGGGGAGCAGUACAAACUCAUCUUCGCCGGCCGGCACGGCGAGGGCUGGCACAACGUCGCCGAAGCCAAGUACGGCACUGAAGCGUGGGACGGCAAAUGGGCUCUACUCGACGGCGAUGGUCAAAUGACCUGGGGGCCAGACCCGCCGCUGACGCCUCUCGGCGUCUCGCAAGCACAAGCCGUUAACAGCAUGUGGAAGCGCCUCCUCAGCGAGGCUCCGCCCAACGACGAAGACCGCCCACCCCUUCCGACGAUUCUCUUCAGCAGCCCAAUGCAGCGCAGUGCUGUGACGCUGCGCAUGACUUACGAUGGUGUCCUCCUUGGCGCAAACACGAUCGAGGGCCGCGCGCCACUUGUGCCGCGCAUGCGUGAGCUGUGGCGCGAAACCCUGACGACGCACAUGUGCGAUCGCCGCGCCGAUAAGACGGUCAUUCAGCAGAGGUUUCCGGAGUUCGAAAUAGAAGAGUCUAUGACCGAGAAGGACGAGUUAUUUAUGGAAGUGCUAGAGGAAGAUGCGACGAGUGCCAUCCGACUGCGGCACAGUCUGAGUCAGACAUUCACGGAGUCUGAGGGCCAUCAGAUCAUCGGCAUCACCUUACACUCUGGCGUUAUGCUAGGCCUGAUGACAGCCGUCGGACAUGCCGUGUUCAAGCCCAAAAUCUGCGGUGUGGUCCCAAUGAUUGUAAAAGCGACGCCUGUGAAGUGAUUGCGAGUGAGAGCAUUAAACCUGAUUCGUUGUUACGAACCGCAUCUAUGAUACAUGUUGUAAAUGCAGAGAGGGGAUGGUGC